UACGAGUUUGCCGUUUGGGCGCCAUUUUCGAGUGUAGAAGCCGCCAAGGCUGCAGGCAGGAAAAGGGAGCUUUCUGCAGCUCGCGCCGCUGCUACGUUGGGAGCGCCGUCGGCCCUCGCUCCAGGUUGCCUGUUCUGGGCCGUGGAUGGGGACGAAGUACUCUGACUCUGCCUGGUCAUUGGGAUUUUUUCAUUUGCAUUAACAAAGACGAUAACAGGGCUUCUGUAGUUUGGUUGUUUGGAAUCGGAACAGCUAACUGAAACCAUGCCAAGAAAAAGAGCUAAAAUAUCUACAGCAGCCCAUCACAAAGGCAAUGAACCCUUGGAUGACUCCUUCAGUGAUGGGGAACCUGAAAAAGAAGCCAAUAUGCACACCCCUGAAGUACCUCAGCAAGCAGUCUCAGACGGAGUAGUUGACAAUCGCAGUUUAGAAGAGAUUUUGAGUAGCAUCUCUCCUCCCCCACCUCCAGCAAUGACCAAUGAAGCUGGAGCUCCUCGUCUCAUGAUAACUCACAUUGUAAACCAGAACUUCAAAUCUUAUGCUGGGGAGAAAAUUCUAGGACCGUUUCAUAAGCGUUUUUCUUGCAUUAUUGGACCAAAUGGCAGUGGAAAGUCCAAUGUGAUCGAUUCUAUGCUCUUUGUUUUUGGUUAUCGAGCACAAAAAAUAAGAUCCAAAAAACUUUCAGUUCUGAUCCAUAAUUCUGAUGAGCAUAGUGAUAUUCAAAGUUGCACAGUAGAAGUUCAUUUUCAAAAGAUCAUUGACAAGGAAGGGGAUGAUUAUGAAGUCAUUCCCAACAGCAAUUUCUAUGUCUCCAGAACAGCCUACAAAGAUAAUUCUUCUGUGUACCAUAUCAGUGGGAAGAAAUCAACAUUUAAAGAUGUUGGGUUUCUACUUCGAAGUCAUGGAAUUGACCUAGAUCAUAAUAGGUUCUUGAUUUUACAGGGGGAAGUUGAACAAAUAGCGAUGAUGAAACCAAAAGGGCAGAAUGUACAUGAUGAAGGCAUGCUUGAAUAUUUAGAAGACAUAAUAGGAUCAGAACGAUUAAAAGAGCCCAUUCAAAUAUUAUGUCGAAAAGUUGAAAUAUUAAAUGAACAGAGGGGUGAGAAGUUGAACAGAGUUAAAAUGGUGGAAAAAGAGAAAGAUGCCUUGGAAGGAGAACGGAACAAAGCACUUGAAUUUCUUUCUUUGGAAAACAAAAUGUUCAGAGAAAAGAAUAAGAUUUGUCAGUACUACAUUUAUGAGUUGCAGAAGCAGAUAACUGGACUGGAGACCCAGAAAGAAGAAAUACAUGAAGAUACUAAAGAAGUUAAUGAGAAAAGCAGUAAACUGUCAGAUGAAAAGAAAGAUAAGAAUAAAGCUCUGAAAGAAAUUGAGAAAAAACUCAAUAAAAUCACAGCAUUCAUAGAAGAAAAUAAAAAUACAUUUAAGCAGCUCGAUUUGGAGGAUGUUCAAGUAAGGGAAAAACUAAAACAUGCAAAAAGCAAGUCAAAAAAACUAGAGAAGCAGCUUCAGAAGGAUAAAGAAAAGGUUGAAGACUUGAGAAGUGUUCCUGCCCGUAGUGAAUCUGCUAUUGGUGAAGCAACAGCUAAGAGAGAGGUUCUAGAAAAAGAAAAGAAAAGGGUAGAGGAAAAACUAAAAGAAGUUAUGGACAGUCUUAAGCAGGAAACUCAAGGAUUGCAGAAUGAAAAAGAGGACAAAGAAAAAGAACUCAUGGAAUUCAGCAAAACGGUUAAUGAAGCACGUUCAAAUUUGGAGGUGGCACAGUCAGAACUUGAUCUCUACCUUAGUCACCAUAAUACUGCAGUAUCUCAGUUUAAAGCAGCAGAAGAAGCUCUUCAGACUGCUUCAGGAACACUUAAAGAAAGGUUAGCCACUAUCAAAGAACUGGAAUCAAAACUGCCUCAAGCUGAGCAUGAUCUAAAGAAGAAAGAGAAUGAUCUUAAUAAACUUGUAAAAGAUGAAGCAAACAUCAAGAAUUAUGUUCAAGAUCUGCGUCAGAAAGUAGAAGAAGCAAGAAGCUCAUUGGCAAUAAAUAAAAGUCGAGGAAGAGUUCUUGAAGUUUUACUUCAACAGAUGAAGUCUGGGAAAAUCCCUGGAAUUUAUGGAAGACUAGGUGACUUGGGAGCCAUAGAUGAGAAGUAUGAUGUUGCAAUUUCAUCAUCAUGUGGAGCGUUAGAUCACAUUGUAGUCGACACCAUGGAUACCGCUCAAGAAUGUGUUAAAUUUUUGAAGAAGGAAAACAUUGGAGUGGCAACAUUUAUAGGGCUUGACAAGAUGACAGUAUGGGAGAAAAGCAUGGGAAAAAUCCAGACUCCUGAAAAUAUUCCUCGCUUGUUUGAUAUGGUAAAAGUUAAAGAUGAGAAGGUUCGCAAUGCUUUUUAUUUUGCAUUACGUGACACUUUGGUAGCUAAUAACCUGGACCAGGCUACAAGGGUUGCGUUCCAGAAAAACAAGAGAUGGAGAGUUGUAACUUUACAAGGACAAAUCAUAGAACAAUCAGGUACAAUGACUGGUGGUGGAGGAAAAGUAAUGAAGGGUAGAAUGGGAUCCUCUGUUGUAGUUGAAACAACAGAAGAUGAGGUAAAUAAAAUGGAAUCUCAGCUGCAAAAGGAUCUCCAAAAAGCAACACAAUUUCAGGAACAAAAAGUGCAACUUGAAGAAGCAAUAUCAAAAUUGCACCAGAGCAUUAGAGAAAUGAGGAACACGUUAGGAAAGUACAGUGCAAACAUUCAGAGUUUGUCAGAGCAAGAGGCUCACUUAAAAAUCCAGAUUAAAGAACUUGAAAGAAAUGUAAUUGCUGCAGCGCCAGACAAAAUCAAGCAGAAAGAAAUGGAGAGAAAAUGUCAUUGUUUCAAAGAAGAUUAUGACAAAGUUGCUGCAAAGGCUGGUAAAUUGGAAACAGAAAUAAAGAGAUUGCAUAAUCUCAUAAUUGACAUAAAUAAUAAUAAGCUUAAAGGUCAUCAAGACAAUCUUGAUAAGAUAAACAAGGAAAUAGAUCAAUGUUCUUCUGCUAUUACUAAAGCUCAGGUGGCAAUCAAGACAGCAGAUAGAAACCUGAAUAAAUCAGAAGAUGCUGUUCUCCACACUGAGAAGGAGAUUGAAGAAAAUAAAAAAGCCCUCCAAGACUUAACAGAACAGCUGAAUACACUUGAAGAAAAAGCUGCUAAAGUUAUGAAUGACAGCAAAGAAGCUGAAGAGUCUUUGCCAGAGAUUCAAGCGGAACACCAUUCUGUGCUUCAGAAAAUUAAAGCUAUCCAAGAUGAAGAGCAUUUGCUUCAAAAAGAGGCUCUUAAUAUUAGGCUUAAAAUUGAACAGCUAGACAGUCAUAUUGCAGAGCAUCAAUCAAAGAUUAAAUAUUGGCAAAAAGAGAUAUCAAAAAUAUCACUGCAUUCUCUGGAAGAUGAACAAGUAGAAGAACUUGCAGUGCUCAACCAGGAAGAACUUGAGGCUAUAAGAAACCCGGAUAUUGUAACCAAUCAGAUAGCUCUUUUAGAAGCACAAUGUAAUGAAAUGAAACCAAACUUGGGUGCCAUUGCUGAAUAUAACAAAAAGGAGGAACUGUACUUGAAACGUGUGGCAGAGUUGGAUGAAAUAACCAAUAUGAGAGACAAAUUUAGGGAAGCUGAAGAAGAUCUUAGAAAACAAAGGCUUCAUGAAUUUAUGGCAGGAUUUAAUGUAAUAACAAAUAAACUAAAGGAAAACUACCAAAUGCUUACAUUGGGAGGAGAUGCUGAACUGGAGCUUGUAGAUAGUCUGGAUCCUUUCUCUGAAGGAAUCAUGUUCAGUGUUCGUCCACCAAAGAAAAGCUGGAAGAAGAUUUUCAACUUGUCAGGUGGCGAGAAGACACUUAGCUCGCUGGCUUUGGUGUUUGCUUUACAUCAUUAUAAACCAACUCCUCUUUACUUCAUGGAUGAAAUUGAUGCAGCCCUUGAUUUUAAAAAUGUAUCCAUCGUAGCAUUUUACAUAUACGAACAAACAAAAAAUGCACAAUUCAUCAUCAUCUCUCUGAGAAACAACAUGUUUGAAAUUGCGGAUAGACUAAUUGGGAUUUACAAGACUUACAAUACCACAAAAAGUGUUGCAACAAAUCCCAAAGUGAUUGCAUUGAAAGGACUUGCUGAACUUGGUUCUGUAGGGUGCUCCUGAAUACAGAAAUGACUUCUAUUUAACCAGUCGACUUUUCUAAUGAACAUUUCCUAAUACACAUUUUCCCCCAGUUUGUGUUUUUAAAUGCGUUAGCAACCUUUUCAAAGCUACUAGCAUUUUGAAAGAAAGAAAAGGAAGUUCUAAACUGCAACUAGAUGUACAUUGCUCUGUGGUGCUUAGCAAUCACCAUUCCAUGCCAGUACACUUUAUUUUUGAGGUAAAGCCUAUAAUUGUUUUUAAAGCAUUUAAUGUUUUUAUUUGUUAAAAUAAAAUCAUAAAUUGA